GAGAGACAGGCUGGCUAUCAAGGGCUGUGUGUGCAUGCCUGCAAGUGUGAAUGCGUGAGUGAGAGAGGGAUUCGGUGGGACUUGGUAAUCGGACUGAAACAAAGACGCAUUUUAGCCGACCUCAGAAACAUUGUAACGGAAACUUUAAACUUUUACCCGCCAGAUCCUCGCCACGGUGCCGGGUCCCGGCUUUGUUUCUCGGCGGGGGAGUACUGGAAUAAAUGCAGGGAUAAAAUAGCUCCAAAUCGACAUUUUUUCACGCAAGAGGGGAAUCCCUGGGACCGUGUUUGUAAGGGGGAACGAGAGAAUGGCGGCCAACAUGUAUCGAGUUGGAGAUUAUGUGUACUUUGAGAACUCUUCCAGCAACCCAUACCUGAUCCGCAGGAUAGAGGAGUUGAACAAGACGGCCAAUGGGAACGUAGAAGCCAAGGUGGUUUGCCUGUUCCGGAGGAGGGACAUCUCAGGCAAUCUGAACACCCUGGCCGACAGCAAUGCCCGAGACUUUGAGGAAGAAUCGAAGCAGCCCUCAAUGUCGGAACAGCAUAAACACCAGCUGAAGCACAGAGAACUCUUCCUCUCUCGACAGUUCGAAUCCCUACCUGCCACGCAUAUAAGGGGGAAAUGCAACGUCACACUAUUGAAUGAGACGGACGUAUUAACAGGCUACCUGGAAAGAGAGGACUGCUUCUUCUACUCUCUGGUGUUUGACCCGGUCCAGAAGACCCUUCUGGCUGAUCAGGGGGAGAUCCGCGUGGGCUCCAAGUACCAGGCUGAGAUCCCUGACAAACUGGGCGAGGGCGAGUCAGACACCCGUGUGCAGGAGAAGCUGGAGACUAAAGUGUGGGACCCCAACAGUCUGCUCAAGGACUCGCAGAUAGACCAGUUCCUGGUGGUGGCUCGGGCUGUUGGGACAUUUGCUCGUGCUCUGGACUGCAGUAGCUCCAUCCGCCAGCCAAGCCUGCACAUGAGUGCAGCAGCUGCAUCCAGAGACAUCACGCUGUUUCAUGCCAUGGACACCCUGCAGAAGAACGGCUAUGACCUGGCUAAGGCCAUGUCCACGCUGGUGCCACAGGGUGGGCCGGUGCUGUGCCGGGACGAGAUGGAGGAGUGGAGCGCAUCGGAGGCCAUGCUGUUCGAGGAGGCGCUGGAGAAGUACGGCAAGGACUUCAACGACAUCCGCCAGGACUUUUUGCCAUGGAAGUCUUUAGCCAGUGUGGUCCAGUUCUACUACAUGUGGAAGACCACUGACCGUUACAUUCAACAGAAACGACUGAAGGCAGCCGAGGCCGACAGCAAGCUGAAGCAAGUUUACAUCCCCACCUACACCAAACCCAACCCAAAUCAGAUUAUGGCUCCUGGCAACAAGCCUGGCAUGAAUGGAGCUGCAGGCUUCCAGAAAGGGCUGAGCUGUGAAAGCUGUCACACUGCUCAGUCCCCUCAGUGGUACGCCUGGGGUCCUGCCAACCUGCAGUGCCGCCUGUGUGCCUCCUGCUGGAUCUACUGGAAGAAGUAUGGCGGUCUGAAGACCCCCACGCAGCUAGAGGGCGCCACAAGAACCGCCACAGAUGCGCCGCCGCGCACCCACCUGACCCGUCAGGAAGUGCAGGGCAUGUCCCCGUUCACCAGCGCGGCGGGCCGCGCCAAGCUACUGGCCAAGAACCGGCAGACGUUCAUCCUGCAGACCACCAAGCUGACGCGCAUCGCCCGCCGUGUGUGCCAGGACAUCCUGCAGCCGCGCCGGGCUGCCCGCCGCCCCUACGCCUCAAUCAACGCCAACGCCGUUAAGGCCGAGUGUAUGAUCAGGCUUCCCAAGGCCCCCAAGGCGCCUCCGAAGAACCGGCCCAUCCCGCGACCGUCCCUCGCCAACAUCGUGAAGGAGCUAGCUGUCCAGGCUCCUCUGAAGCUGAAGGCCCCGCGCAGUGCUCCGACCCCCAUCAACCGUAACCAGGGCAACCCGUCUCGCAGUGCCUCCGCCCUGCUGGGCAAGAGGCCCUUCGAAAGUCAGGUGGGCGGCCAUCCCUUCUCCGCCAACGGGAGGCCGUUCCCGUCGGGCAUGAGGACCACCUCUCAGUCCGUCAUCAAGCGCCAGAAGGUCAGCCAGGGUGAUGCUCCCAACCCCGUGGUGUUCGUCGCCACAAAAGACACCAGGGCCCUGAGGAAGCACCUGACGCAGGCUGAGAUGCGGCGUGCCGCCCGUAAGCCCCACACGCCGGUGCGGGUGAAGCUGCCGUUGCCCCCGCGCCCACUCGCUCUGCCCCUGCCCCUGCCCGUCCCCCUGCUGCCCUCCAGCACCAGCGAGCCCAUCGUCCUGGAGGACUGAGGCUCACUCCCCGCAGCCUCUCUAUCUCUCAGUCUCUCUUCAUCUCUCUUCAUCUCUCUCUCACUCCAUGUCUCUCACACUCUUUCUGUUGGGUCAUUUCUUUUCCUUUUCUCCCCCGUUCCUAUUUCACCGUUAGUGUUCUGUUGCCUCUCUGAGAGCUAAUGUGAUCAUUAGACAGACAUGCUCAUACCCACUCUGCCACAUCCAUUCUGUCCCAUACCCAUGAAGUUAUAAGUUACAGCCACCAGUAGUGUACAUGUAUACACAUAGAUUAUCCUUCUCACACACACACACAAACACAUACACGCACACACACAAUUUAUAGAUAUCCCUACAUACAUUAGGCUUUGGGAGUUAGUAGAGUUUUAUUCCAGCUUUGUUUAAUUACAUCUCCCAUUCCCCAAACAUCCCUUUUUUUAAAUGGCAAAUAUUUUUAAUUGUGUAAUUUAAAUCAAGUAAUGCUCAUCCUGAAUUAUGGUGAUCAAGCACACUUUGUUUUUUUUUCUCCUCUGGAUCUACCUGAAUUUUGUAAAUAUUACGGCUUUUUGUUUUCCUUUCUUUUCUCAAGCAGUGGGCUCAGGGAUGGCAAAUAGGUGUGGGGGAGCAUCCAAAUCAAGUCUGGGGGGGAGGGGGGCUUAACGCAUGUUACGUUUUUUUGUCAUUUUUCCUGUGAGGCGGGGGGGUCAGGGGUCAGAUUUUGAUCAAGAGGGUUCCCUUCCUUCUCCACAUCGUUGUCCACGGUCUCAACUGUCCGUCUCUGUCUGUUUGUCCCUCUGUCCGCCCACUGCCAUGCAGUCACAGAAACGACCACCCCCCUCCCUUUGUGGAGCCCCAUUCCCAGAGACUCUGUUGCCCACUCACACACACACAAACAUAAACGACUCCCUCCCUCCACUUAACAAUUAUGGAAAGGAAGGUAUUUUUUUCCCUUCCCCCUAUGCAGUACUGAAUAAAUAAAAAGGACAGCCUCAGUCAAUUUGCAGUUCCUUUUUUUUUUU